CCUGCCGCUGGGCCCAUGGCGUCCUACUACCGCCCCGGCUCGGGCGCCGGCGCCGCCCCGGCCCCGGGCGCCGCGCUGCCGGACCAGAGCUUCCUGUGGAACGUCUUCCAGAGGGUCGACAAGGACCGGAGCGGCGUGAUCUCGGACAACGAGCUCCAGCAGGCGCUUUCCAACGGGACAUGGACACCAUUUAAUCCAGUGACUGUUAGGUCAAUCAUAUCCAUGUUUGACCGAGAGAACAAGGCCGGCGUGAACUUCAGCGAGUUCACGGGCGUCUGGAAGUACAUCACGGACUGGCAGAACGUCUUCCGCACCUACGACCGGGACAACUCGGGCAUGAUCGACAAGAACGAGCUCAAGCAGGCACUCUCAGGUUUCGGGUACCGCCUCUCGGACCAGUUCCAUGACAUCCUCAUUCGGAAGUUCGACAGACAGGGCCGGGGCCAGAUUGCCUUUGACGACUUCAUCCAGGGCUGCAUCGUCCUGCAGAGGCUGACAGACAUAUUCCGACGCUAUGACACGGACCAGGAUGGCUGGAUCCAGGUGUCCUACGAGCAGUACCUGUCCAUGGUCUUCAGCAUCGUAUGACCACGGCCUCCUCACCGAGUGGCUGGCCGACGAAGACAGACAUGCCAAAUCUCUGUCUCCCCCGAGGAGCACAGCACCUAACCCAGUCCAACUGUGAGCAUCCGGCCCUGCUGCCUGAGGACGGGCUUGGCUGGAUCCGGAUGCCCGGGCAGCUGGGCAGGCGGGCAGACAGGCGCUGCCGGCAGCCCUGGGUUUGUAGCUAACAAGGGACCCGCACCGAAGCUUUUCAGGUGCCUUACUUUUUAAAGUGGAUUGGAGUCAUUUGAAUGUGGAAUGUCAACAAUAAAGCUAUGGUACAGGA